AAGAAGACAGAAAUACACUUUGCGAUGCGAAGCAUCUCCUAUCUGGAUAAGCGAUAAAGGGUCCGUGUUAACAAGAUUCGUUUAAUGAAGUGAAGCUCGGAGGUGAAAACCGUAAACACGCGGCACGUACUUUUUAUGGCCUAGUAGAUGUGUACAAAUUGACAUUAAGGCCAAUAAAUGCAUGAAUAUUUCCAUCUCUGUAAACGUGGCAAAGUCUCGUUACCAAACAAACAGGAAAAAUCUAAGUAUAACCGCUCAUAUUUAAUGAAGUUUGCAUCAUUGAUCGUUAUGUCCUGUUUAUUCCUGUGAAGCUGAUUUGAAACAAUCUAUAUGUUGUAUAAAGAGCUAUAAUAAUAAAUGUGACUUGACUGAGAUGUGCCUGACAUUCUCGUAAAGAUGGAGUUUAUUAAAGAUGACAGUGAAGACAUGAGUGAUGCAGAAGCAUGCAGAGUGAAAGAUGAAGAUACUGAAGAACAAAUAGGUUGACCUGAUGCAAGCAAAAGAGGAAAGUCAAGUGAAUGACACAGAAGCUCACAGUUUCAGAAGUGGAAAAAAAUCUUUUAGUUGCUCAGAAGUGAAAAAGAAUCUCUCACAAGAAACGACGCAGAGAACAGAAGCCAACAAUUCUUUCAUCUGCCCUGAGUGUGGGAAGAGUUUCACACAUAAAGGACACUUCAAUGAACAUGUCAAAAUUCACUCUGGAGUGAAGCCUUUCACCUGCCCUCAUUGUGAAAAGAGUUUCACAUGUAAAGGACACCUUAAAAGGCACAUACGGAUUCACACUGGAGAGAGGCCGUACAUGUGCAAUCAGUGUGGAAAGAGUUUCAAAUGUGCAACGAACCUCAAAGAUCAUCAGCGCUCACACUCUGGAGAAAGGGCGUUUAAAUGUGAUCAGUGUGGUAAAAAUUUUAUUUUGGCAUCAAACCUAAAGGCCCACAUGAAAAUUCAUACAAAUGAGAAGCCUUACGUGUGUGCUGUGUGUGGAAAGGGUUUUUUGCGCUUAGGCUGUUUUAAUGAUCAUCAGAAAAUACACACUGGCGAGAGAGCUCAUAUAUGUUUUGAGUGUGGGGACACUUUUACUAGAUCCAGUGCCUUGAAGCAGCACCAAAAAAUCCACACUGGAGAAAAACCUUACAAGUGCUCAUAUUGCGGAAAGGGUUUCACUCAUUCUGGAGCCCUGAAAAGACAUGAGCGAGUGCACACUGGAGAGAGGCCGUAUCACUGCACUGCAUGUGGGAGGAGUUUCACCCAGUCCAGUGAUCUACAGAAUCAUAUAAAAAAGCCUUGUCCAAUGUUGUCACACAGUGAGCAAAGUUCAUCUUCAGUUACAGUUUAAACAGUGAGAAGUUCAGAAAAACACAGUUUCUGCAGUUGUGCUGAAUGAGCUGUCCUUCUGUUUAACAACUAGUUUGUACUUGAUUUACAAUGCAAACAUUUCCUUUAGAAAUGUAGGGUGUGUUUUCGCUGUCACAUGCCACAUGUUUGAAGGAACUCUUUUCUUCUGUGAUGGGAGUAGAAAUACUACUAAUUGUAUUGUUAAUGCACCAUUGUUCAUGCCUUUCAUUAGUCUUAGCUGUUGCAGCUGACUCCACUGAAAUCAGUCAGUCAGUCUGGCUGAAAAUAUAUUUCAAGAAAUAAGGUUAUUUUGGUCAUUCUGGUUUUCUAACUGUGUCUAGCUUGGGCAUGGUGUCAUGUUAGAAUAGUGUAGCAUGUCUCGUACUGUAUCUUACAUUCAAAGACACUAAUGUGUAGCGUAUAGUGUGGUGAUGACAUUUCCAGAAAUAAAAAAAAGUUACACUAAUUUUCUACUGUGCGUGACUCAUUCAAUGAGCACAGAACAGGUUUACCUCAGUUUUAAUCCAAGCGAAUGUAGAUGUUGUAUCUCAGUUCUGCAUUAAAUAAAACAUUAUUUUAGGAAGUGAUGUUUUCCAGUCAUGUAAGAUCAACUUACUAAUUAAAUUAUUUAAUUGUUAA